UUUAAAUAUGAAGGACGUCAUGGAUGUUGCGAUGAAGAUCGCUUGCUCUGUUCGGGCCAGGAGUUUACAGAGGCGUUUAUUCCGUGCCCAGCUGGAGGAGGCAGGUGCAGACCACACAGAUCUGCUGCUGCACACCGACGUCAGGUGGCUGAGCCGUGGCAGAUUCCUCGAAAGAUUUUUGGAACUUUUGCCCGAAAUUAAAGAGUUCCUGAAACACUCAACAACCCAUGCUGUUGCUUAUUCCCAGCUGGAUGACGGUCAGUGGCUCACUGAUUUGGCCUUUCUCACCGAUGUCACCAAUAAGAUCAAUGACUUGAAUCUCGAGCUGCAGGGGAAAGGAAAGCACAUCGCCAACAUGAUCAGUUCAGUGAACGCAUUUAAAACAAAGUUACGCCUGCUGUUAAGCAGGUUGCAGCGGUGUGACCUGAGGAGUUUUCCACACAUGGAGGCAGAGCUCCGCCGCCAGGGCAAGGAAAGUGUGGAGCUGUCAGAUGCUUAUGCGCAACAAAUUCAAAGCAUUCUAUCGGAGUUUGAGCGCCGGUUUGCGGACUUUGCUUCCAUUGAGCCCGUUGCCCAGUUCCUAUGCUUUCCAUUUGCAAAUGUUGAUGUUGAUUGCAUUGCCCCCCAAAUAGCCACGCUCUUCAGCCUGGACGGCAGUGCUGUGGAGAACGAAAUUCUUACUCUCACAAAUGACAUUGAGCUAAAAGCAAGAGCAACACCUGGCAUAAGUGGCGAAUUUUGGAACCUGUUGCUGGAAGAGAAGUAUCCAAGCCUCAGACAAUGUGCACUGAAUAUGUCUUCCCUUUUUGGAUCAACAUAUUUGUGUGAGUCUGCCUUUUCUCACAUGAAAAUCAUCAAGUCGAAGUACAGAACGACAUUGACUGAUGACCACCUUGCGGCCUGCCUAAGGCUGGCGCUCAGCUCCUACCGCCCGGAUUAUGAGAAGCUUGCUGACUCCUCCCAGUGCCAGAAGUCUCACUAAGUUGAAUUUGAAUCCAUCUGCCGGUUUCUCUGCCAGUGCCAAUGCCCCGUUAAGCAUUCUGAAAUACUGGACUUCCCUUCUCCUCCUGCCUGCUAUGAAGUUAUCUCUACUUUUGUGUGUGUGU